CGGCCCAGCGGCUGGUCUCAGCCGGGCUACACAAGGCCCCCCAGGGCCGAGUUGGUUCUUCUUCAUGUCUCAGGGCCGAAUCUCUUUUCUGAUUGACCCCGCUUCGCGAGUAAACGCCAGCUCCGUGACGUCACAGCCCUGCCCAUCCCCUCAGCUUGAUGUCACCUGGAGCCCCCUCCCCGCUUCAGUUCGUAUUCCCAUAGUCCUAUUCACCUGGUCCCCGGCUGAACUCCGGCGGCAUUGAACGAGAGUCUGCCAGGCUAACCCAGCAGUGAUGUGGAGGUGGAGACCCACAGGAGCCCCGGACUUCACCUGAGCUACCUCAGCAGUCACCAAGGGUGGCAAGAAAAGGAAGAGAGCCCUGAAUUGGGGGUGACCAGGAUGCCGGACCGGGACAGCUAUGCCAACGGCACUGGGAGCAGCGGUGGAGGCCCUGGAGGCGGUGGCAGCGAGGAGGCCAGUGGGACUGGGGCAGGCAGUGGCGGGGCCAGCUCAGAUGCCAUCUGUAGAGACUUCCUGAGGAACGUGUGCAAGCGAGGCAAGCGCUGCCGUUAUCGCCAUCCAGACAUGAGUGAGGUGUCCAACUUGGGGGUGAGCAAAAACGAGUUCAUCUUCUGCCACGACUUCCAGAACAAGGAGUGUAGCCGCCCAAACUGUCGAUUCAUCCAUGGCUCCAAGGAGGAUGAGGAUGGCUAUAAAAAGACAGGAGAGCUUCCUCCUCGGCUGAGGCAGAAAGUGGCAGCCGGCCUGGGCCUUUCACCAGCUGACCUACCAAAUGGCAAGGAGGAGGUCCCUAUCUGCCGUGACUUUCUCAAGGGUGAUUGCCAGAGAGGAGCCAAGUGCAAGUUCCGGCACCUGCAACGAGAUUUUGAGUUUGAUGCUCGGGGUGGAGGAGGCGCUGGUGGUGGGGGCUCAACAGGCCCAGUUCCCCCAGGACGACGUCACGAUCUCUAUGAUAUCUACGACCUCCCUGACAGGGGCUUUGAGGACCAUGAACCAGGCCCCAAGCGCCGACGAGGUGGAUGCUGCCCCCCAGAUGGCCCCCAUUUUGAAUCGUAUGAAUACAGCCUGGCUUCGUCCCGAGGGGUGGAGUGCAGACUGCUAGAAGAGGAGAAUGCCAUGCUCAGGAAGCGGGUAGAAGAGCUGAAGAAGCAGGUCAGCAACCUGCUGGCCACCAACGAGGUACUGCUGGAACAAAAUGCCCAGUUCCGCAAUCAGGCCAAGGUCAUGACCCUCAGCUCCACUGCACCAGCGACUGAGCAGACUCUGGCCCCCACCGUGGGCACUGUUGCCACUUUUAACCAUGGCAUCGCCCAGACUCACACUACUCUCAGCAGCCAGGCUCUACAGCCUCGCCCCGUGUCCCAGCAAGAACUGGUGGCCCCUGCUGGAGCUCCAGCUGCUCCCCCAACUAAUACUGCACCUCCUGCUGCUCCACCACCCCCACCCCCACACUUGAACCCAGAGAUCACGCCACUGUCAGCUGCUCUGGCUCAAACCAUUGCCCAGGGAAUGGCACCCCCACCUGUCUCCAUGGCUCCUGUGGCUGUAUCUGUGGCUCCUGUGGCCCCUGUCGCCGUAUCAAUGGCCCAGCCCUUGGCAGGAAUCACAAUGAGCCACACCACCACUCCCAUGGUGACUUACCCUAUCGCUUCCCAGAGCAUGCGUAUCACAGCCAUGCCACACUGAUGGGGCUAAUGGACACUCCCCUGGUAUAGCCUUCCAGGGCUGGGGUCGAGGGGCCCUUACCCACCCACUCGCCUAGCCAUCCCAGGCCCUGUCCGAAGGGCUCACCCAUGAACGAGGACGAGAAACUACAAGGAGUUUGCUUCUGAGAAGGGAUUGGGUUGGUGUGUUUUCUCUCACCUCCCUUUUAUGAGGGUUAUCUUGUCCAUCUUCCUUCAAGCCUCACAGAGGGGGCUUGCAUAGGAGCGCAGACUGAAGCCAGCAGAGGAAGGACUGACUGAGGGCUUGUGUGUCCUCUGAUGGGAAGUUGGGGACAUCCCUGGUCUUGUCCUCUCUUCUGCACAGCACAGGUUCCAGCACUAGCUUUGGAAGAAAAAAAUACCCUGUCCAGAGGGAAAGCCAGGAAAGAUGGGGAAGUGGGUGGCCAGGAGAAAAGGCCUCGUAGGAGCCUUCAGACAUUUGGGGGCCUAGUUGAGCUGGACAGUACAGGAGCUGCUCCUGGUCCCGUGGGAAGGCGGGGACCACAGUACUCCAGCCCAAACACUAGGGGAGCUUUCAGUACCUGGCUUGGCCUGGCAAUCCAUAGGGCAGGGCCCACCAUUUUCCAAAGAAAUAAAAAAAAUUAUUUUUAACAAGUGGAGGCAGUGAAAACUUGCUUAGAUAUUCUGUGUGGAAGAUGGGAGCAGUAAAUAGAUCUCAUGCCAAAAUGAGAUAAAGACCCCACUCUCACAUAACUUGGGUAAGGUUGGAUGGAAGCCAGUGAAGAAAGGUAGGACCCAGGACAAGACCAAGACCAAAGGCUUUGGGGAAGGCAAUUCAUAGCGUAAAAACAUUGGAGCCACCUAGUCUAGUUUAAAAAUAGUCCCAUCUGUUCAGGUUUCUAUCUGCAUGUACUAUUCCCAGGUUGCCUUAGUAACCAGGGUUCCUAGGGUCAUUUAGGGGGGCAGGUACUAAGGAGGGGGCUGUGCUGGGAAAUGGGAAUGGGGUAUGUACUGACAGAUCUUCCCUUAUUCAAACAGAGCAGGGCAGGUGGCUCUGCAAUCUGAGUUGUUGAUGGCAGUUACAUCCCUCCCACCCCAUCCUGUCCUCAGUUACCAGUGCCUUAAGCCUUCAAGGCUUGAGAGGUGCUGGGAAAAGGAGAGUUCUUCUGGGGACUCCGGCCUCAGGGUUCAUCCCUUUCUUCCCUCUGCCUCCACUUAGAACUACAAAGAUUUUCGAUCCAAUUGAAGAGUAAGGCCAAGGGUCCCGGUAGCCAAACCUCAGUUCCUCCUCAGCUCAUGGCUGAUGUAGGGGAAACAACUCAGGUGUCUAGUCUAAUGGUCAGUGGAUUUGGGGCUAGAGAAAGUGAUCCUGGGUUGUUCUCUCCCCAUCGUUUCGUGCUACCUCUUGUUCUCUUGUCUGGUUGAUCACUCAGGUUACACCUGGGGUUGAAGAUGGUGGGCUAGGUAAAGGCUAGUCAUUAAGGGGGGGGGGGAGGCUGAAGACUAAAAACGGGCAAAUACUAAAAUAUUGUACACGUUGGAAAGCUUAAUGUUGAUUUUCUGGCACAGUUCUGGAUUAUUAAAAGAGAUUGUUUAUGAGCAU